AUGACUCCGGACUCCACGGGUCUCAUGACAUUAGAUCAAAAUCGGCUGCUGAUUACUACCUACCAACCAAACCUUCCAUUCCCCCUACCUGAACCAUCAAUGGAUGAAUCGGUAUUUUUCCAUGUUGAACACCACUUGGAGGAUGAGAAACAAGCCUUGUUUGAUGACCUAAGCAGUGAGCUUCAGGAAGAUAACUUGCAGGCAAUAUAUCCACCCAUAGGACGGGGUACUUUUGGACAGUCAUUGCCUGGUGCCACGAAUCGCAAUACACUCCUUCACAAAAGGGGCUGCUGUCAUGCUAUCCACUCUGACACCAUUCCUGCAAAACCGAGGAUCAUGACAAUAAUAAAAGCAAGUGGGCAAUCACAUAAGAAGGUGACCAUUCUUUUGAACAGAUACUGCACGCAGACAUUUGAGCAACUCAUAAGUGAUAUCGCAGAAGCUAUGAGACAUCUCCAUGGCAAAGGUGAAUGUGUGAAGAAGCUGUACAAUUUGAAAGGGAAAGAAGUGAGAAGUAUUUCAGAUUUUUACAGAGGAGAUGAUGUGUUUAUUGCUGCUGGCAGAGAGCAGAUAACUAUGAGUGAUAUAAAGAAAGUAUUAAGAGAACUCUAUCCCAAGAAUCCAUAUGCCUGGAGCUUGAUCCAGCGACACUGGUGUCAUUCUGAGAAACCUCCCUACAGACGCAGUGAGAUGAGAUUCAAAAAUGCUGAAGUUGCUCAAUCCGAAAAACAAAUUGCCAAAAAGAUGGAAGAAGUCCGAACCAGAGUGGGACAACAAGAAAGAGAGAGAGCUCGGAAAUGGGAACAGGAGAGAUGGGCAAGAGAGUACAGAGAGCUGGAUGAGAUAGCAAGACAGCAGAAGAAUGAUGGAAACUUUGACAGGGACAAAGAAGAAAUGGAUAAAUACCAAAUCAACAAAAAGGAGAAGAAGCAUAAAAGCAAGGAGAAGAGUAGAGGAACAGAAAAGGAUAUAGAGACAUAUGAAAGAGGAGGUAAAAGAGUGGAAGAAAUGAAGAUAUUGCAGGUGGGAAGAACUGAAUGGGAAGAAGAUGGAAUUGAAGCCAAUAGUAAACAAAAAAUGUCUUAUGAGUUUAAGGAAAUGGAAAGGAGAGAGGUAGCAAGAAACAGGAAUAAAUGGAAAGAAGAUAAAUGUGACAAUGAAGGAGAACAGCCAAUGAAGAAUAUAAGGUGGGAACAGAAGAGCAUUAAAGCAGAAGGAGAAACAGAUAAAUGGGAUAAAGUGAAGCCUGAAAGACAACAAGGGCAAAAGGAGGAUCACCAAUGGAGAACGGAAGAUAAAUCGCAUGCUCUAAGAGAUGAAAACUGUAAAAUGUCAAAGCAAGAAGAUAGAAAAAAAUGCUGUUGUGGUCAGGAAACUUCAAGGGAUGAGGAAGAACAAACAUGGAAUGAUGAAGAAGUGGAAAAAGCUCAAAACCAACCUGUAAAAACAAUCAGAAUGGAACAGCCCUUAAUCAAAGACCAUAGCAUUCAUUCUAGAGAAACACAAUUACUGAUGUCAAGACCACAGCAAUCACAACCUCGAAGAGAAAUUGAGCAUUAUUAUGAAAUUGGUAGAACUAUUGGAGACGGUAACUUUGCUUUAGUAAAAGAAUGUCGGCUUAGGAAUACAGAAUAUGAAUAUGCAGUGAAAAUCAUUGACAAAUCUAAGUUAAAAGGAAAAGAGGUCAUGAUUGAAAAUGAAAUUGCAAUUGUAAGGAGCCUUUCUCACCCUCAUAUUGUGAGGUUCAUUGAAGAGUUUGAGACAGAGGGUGAAAUAUACCUUAUUAUGGAAUACAUUCAUGGAGGAGACCUAUUUGAUGCAAUUACAGAUAGUGUUAAGUUUACAGAAAGCAAUGCUGCCCUUAUGAUGGACAACCUUUGUGAUGCAUUAGCAUACAUCCACAGAAAGAACAUUGUGCAUCGUGAUUUGAAACCAGAAAAUCUUCUUGUUCAACAUAAAGCUGAUGGAAGCCCAGUAUUAAAACUAGCUGACUUUGGCCUCGCUUUGAAAGUGACCAGCCCCAUAUUUACUGUGUGUGGGACACCAACAUAUGUGGCUCCUGAAAUCCUGUCUGAGAAAGGUUAUGGGUUUGAAGUGGAUAUGUGGGCCACUGGUGUAAUCCUGUAUAUCCUGCUGUGUGGCUUUCCUCCAUUUCGUAGUCUGGAGCGAGACCAAGAGGAGUUAUUUGAAAUGAUCCAACUUGGAGAAUAUGAAUUCCUCUCUCCGUAUUGGGACAGUAUUUCUGAUGGUGCUAAGGAUCUUGUGAGCAAGCUGCUGGUGGUGAAUCCCAGAAAUCGAUACACUGCACAGCAGGUCCUCAAGCAUGCUUGGAUCUGGUCAGCAGCCAAGCGGAACACCCACAAUUUACAGCGGGAAGUAAGUAUGAACAUCGGGCAACAUUUCAGGCGCUGUCGUCGACAGGAGAUUCUGAACUCUGCAACACAGAGGCCCAGUCUGAGAUGCUGACUCUGAAAUGUCCCAGCUUCGAGCAAAAACAAAAUAAGUCUACUGGCAGCUGAUUUUCCAACAUGAAUGAAUAAAUAUAUUCGGAGUAGUGGUAUGGUGGCACAGAGGU